GCCAACAUUUUCUCGGGAAAAUGGAAGAAGAAGAGUCUUUGAAUCUUAGGUCUAAAGCGAAAGACCUUCUCACGAAUCCAAGCCAUGAAGGAGCAGAGCUUCUCGUCGAACAAAUCUCAAUGCCUAAAGAAACAAACGAAUGUAAAACGGCGCUUACUCUCUUCUAUUUCUGCGUUGCUAAUUUCCCAAAUUGCGUAGCCCUAAAGCUUCUCCAUGUGUAUCGACGUUCUUCGAACGGCGUCAAUAGAUUCCGAUCGAUCUAUCUCCUCUCUGAAACCCUCGCCGAAUUCAAAAACCGCGACUUCAAAUUCUCCAGCGUCGCUCUCCGUGAAAUCAAACCACUUGUGAUUGAAUGCUUAACGAUGCAAGAAACCAAAGAAUCUGACAUGAAGUUUCUUAGAAGAAUCGUUUCUCUUGUAACUUACAAUGUUUUGAUUUGCGAUAAUGGUGGAUGGCACGAGCUCAGUGAUUGUAUCCUCUGGCUAGCGAGUACAGAACCAGCCAAGGCUUUUCACGUCUUCGUCGAUUUGCCAUCGGUCUACGGUACAUUCAUCGACAAGUUUAUGAACAUAAUUGUUGAUGAAGCUAAGAAGGUUUUGCUUAAUCCUGUAAAGAGUGAAGUUGAAAAUUGGAGCUUGGCUUUAGAAACUGUUGUGAAAAUGGGGAUUCAGCUUUGGGAUAUGAGAUAUGUGGAAGUUUUAGAUAAUCUUCUUUCUAUUAUUGGGAAGUCUGUAAAAGAGCUAGUGGAGAAGGGGAUGGAACAGUUUUUGGUACGAGGGCUUGAACAUCUUGAGAGGUUCUUGACACGAGACAAGAGUCUGUAUAGUUACAAUAAGGGACAAUGUCAUGUCGUGAUGGCUUUCAUGAUGGAGAUCAAAGAUUUUGGAGCACAGACCAAGGAGAUUAUAAGCAAGAUCAAUCGGUUGGUUCAAACACAGGGUAAACCUGCCAGAAAACAUAGCUCAUCGAUCGUACAACUUCAGGACAGCCUAGAUCAUAGAGAAGAAUUUGAUCGUGGCUGGCUUGAUCAUUUGAAGACUGUAUCAUCACUUGAAGUUUUGAAAAUCUUUGCGUCAACUGAUAUUGAAGAUAGGACCAGAGAAUUUGCUAUCAGACAACUCAAUGUCAUACUCUCUGAUCACACUUCAAUGAGAGUGGAUAUAGACUUUUCAGUGAUGAAAGAACUCCAGCCAUUGCUUAUCUCUUGCCUUCGGCAAGAAGGAAUCACAGACAGCAUGUUCAAAGUCCUAGGUGAGGUUGUGAGUCAUGUUGCAUAUGAGCUGUUCAAACACCAAGAUGUCACGUGGUAUGCUUUACGCAAUUAUAUUGCAUCGAGUAAAACAGAGUUCCAGAGAGCGGUUUAUGUCUUACAGUGCUUAACAAUGCCGCUUGAAGAUGAGGAGUUUGUGAUUCCUGUGAUUGAAUUUCUUCUCCCAGAGAUAAGCAGAAGGUUAGACCCACCAACAGAGUUGUUGGUAGAUAACAGUUGCUGGGUUUUGGCGUUUACGGGUGCCUUCUUUGCAGCAAUUCACUUGAUAAAGGUCUCAGGUCACGCUAAAUCCGUUAAGGAGAUUGCUCAUAAGAUGAUAGAUUCAGUGAGAAAGCUUGUGGAAAGAGAAAUGGAAGUUGGGGUUGUGAGGAGAGCUUUCAGAGAUGUGGAAAGCAUUGUGAAGAAACAAAUGCGAUGGUAUGGUAAGAGCGAGUACAAAUUGAUUAAGGGUCUGCUUUGGAGACUGUAUACAAUCAAAGGCAUGAAAUGGGAAACUAAGAUUGUGUUGUGGAGAAUCAAUGUGAUUGUUGAGAGAAGAGUGGAUGAGAUGGUUAAAGAGCUGCCAGAUAAUGAGUUUGAUUGGCUGAAUCUACCUGAGGCUUAGGGAUGUAAAAAAUUUGAAAUUCUGCAGAAACUAGUUUUUGAUGUAUAGCUUUCAUUGUGGAAGAAGAUUGUAUAGAAACAAGUAAAGCAUACAUGUUAUC